UCAUGUAACAACUAACAAAUUAUAAAGGGUGAAGAAAAAAGAAAAGAAAUCAGAGAUAAGAGAAAAUGGCUACACUAGGUGGCAAUCGUGUGGUUGAAGGAAGCCAGAACAGCAUUGAGAUCCAGAACCUUGCUCGCUUUGCUCUUGAAGAACAUAAUAAAAAAUCGAAUUCAAGCUUGGAGCUUGUGAGGGUGAUAAGUGCAAAGGAGCAAGUAGUUGCUGGAAGCAUAUAUGAAAUAACUAUGGUGGCAAAAGAUGGUGAUGAGAAGAAACAAGUUUAUGAAGCCAAAGUGUUGGUGAAGCCAUGGUUGAACUUCAAGGAGCUGCAAGAGUUCAAGCUUGUUACUGAUGAUGAUAACGAAAAUGAUAAUGCUGCUUCGGUGUCUAGAGCACUUAUCUAGCUAUGUAUUUAAUUUUCACUAAUAUAUGUAUGGAAUAAAUGUAGCUAGCUCUGAAAUACUAUAAAUGGGUGUAAUCUAUUAUACACCAAAAUCAGUUACUAAAGUCAGCCACUAGUAUAGCAUGUUGGAAUACAAAUACACAUUGAAAAUGAAUUAAAUCACACAUGUAUUUAUACACAAAUACAUUAGUGACUGAUUUUAGUGACU